AGCGCGUGGCGGCAGCAGCUGAGGAGACCUGGGGACUCCUGAGGGGCAGCCAGCGUUAGGGGUGCUGGCCACCACCGCUUAGCCGGGGGUCAUGGCGGCUGAGCUUAAUUCGGAAGUAGAUCUGAAAUCUGACCUGCAGAAAACCACUGAUAGUGAUUCUGACAGUGGAAAGGGCAGCUGUGAAACCAGCUCUCCAAGUCAGUCUAACAAGGGACCCGCAUCUCUUGGUGACGAAGACUCAGAGGAGGAGAUCUUUGUGAGUAAAAAAUCAAAAAGCAAGAAAGUGCUUCAGGACAGUGAGAGCGAAGGGGAAGAGGAAGGCAUUUUUCCUAAGAAGAGCGACAUUGUGGAUGAAGAUGUGGAACAUGGAGAGGAAAAUGAAAACACUUUUGCCACAAAGAACAAAAAAUCUCAUCGGAUUCAGCAAGCUCUGCGGGACAGCGAUGAGAGUGACACGGGUGAUCCACUGCAUCCUGAAAACCUUGAAAUAGACAUGAAGUCAGAAUUGACUAAGGAUGAGUUGGGCUCACAAGUGAGGAAACCUGCAGAGAUGUCCGUGAAAUCUUGGAAAAAAUACAAAAAACACAAACACAGUUUUAACCAAGAACCAGACAGAGUAAUAGGGAAGUCAAGAAGGAAGACAGAAAAAGAGAGAAAAAUGGAGGCUAUUAGACAGAUGAAGACAGAAAAGAAACACAAACAGGAGGAGGAUGGUGGUGAAACAUACGAUUUUAAUGAUAGUGGGUGCCUUCUUGCCAACAAAGAACUCUUUGACAAUGAUUUAGAGGAGGAAAAUGAUCCCCUUCUUGAAGAUGAAGAGUCACUAGAAUCAAUAAGAGCUGCUGUGAAAGACAAAAUGAAAAAACAUAAGAGUAAAGAUCUGUUUUCUGAGAUUGAAGAUUACAAAUGUGUAUUUGAUGAUGAGAAUGAGGGACCUACACUAAAAGGACCCAAAAGAAAGGAGCGGAAAGCAGCAAGAUUAAGUAAAGAAGCUAUUAAACGACUGCAUAGUGAGACUCAGCGACUUGUUAGAGAAUCAUCUCUGUCUCUUCCAUAUCAUAUGCCUGAGACUAAAACUAUCCAUGAGUUCUUCAAGCGAAGACCACGACCACCAUUGCAAGGAAAUGCUAUGGCAUUGCUAAAGUCCACUAAAUAUCAGCCCUGUCUAAAUGAAGAAAGUGCAACCACUAAAAACUCAACUGUAAAUUGCAACAAUAAUCAGUCUGAAGAGGUUGAUCAGCCAGCACCUAAGAAACUGGAAAUGGGGCUUAAUAAGGAUACUGCUGUUACCAUUGUGGACAAACCUUCCUCUGGUGUAGUGGAGAACCUGAUAGAAAAUUGUGCUGAGAAGCACAGAGAGGAAGAUGCCUCUGAUAUUUGUGAAAGACCUACAAUUGCUGGUAUUUCAGAACAGCAGCAGUCUAGCCUACUUAGUAAUGAACGCAUUGAACAAAUGGACAGUGAAAUUCCCUUAGCAUCUGAAGAAAGUGCCUAUGUACAAAGAGGGGACCACUCACAAGAAAUAGGUGUAGAACAUGAAGAUUCUGUUCCACAGGUGGGACCAGUGGUGGGGAUUCAACCUGAAAAAGUAAAGAAGUCUAAACUGGAUAAACUUCGGGAGCUGGGAGUGGAUCUGUCCAUCAAGCCAAGACUUUGUUCUGAUAAUGACUCCAUUAUUAUCCUGGAUGAACCUGAAUCAAACAUAGAACUGGAAGCUCUGAAAGCACGUUUCUUGAAGCAUACGCUUCAUGCACCCAAGUCAAAAACCGAACGGACUGUGAACUUGAGUAUUAUUCGUAAGGAGACCACGGCGGAAGGAAAAGAGGAACUAAAAGCAGCUGUGGUGCCGGUGACUUUGGCUGCAGAAAAUCUGGAUGAUACAGUUCAUGCAAAGCCAGGUGAAAAGCUACAAGUGCUGAAGGCUAAGCUACAGGAGGCCAUGAAACUCCGCAGGAGUGAGGAACGCCAGAAGCGGCAAGCACUACUUAAACUGGAUAAUGAGGACAUGUUUGAGGAGGAAGAAGAGGAGGAGGAAGAAAUGACGGAUGAGUCUGAGGAAGAGGAAUGCAACCCAGAGACUGUUGAGUUCCUUCUUGGUGAGGCAGAGGAAGAUGAUGAUGAGGAGCUGGAAGAGAAGGAGACCAAAGAUGAUGAGAAAGAAACCGACAAAGAAUCAGUUGAUGAGGAAAGGGUGGACAAAUCUGUGCAUUGUGACUCGGCUCCCAAACUUUCCUCCACAGAGUCUACAUUGAUGCUGUUCAAGGACAGCUCCUCCAAAAUGGGAUAUUCCCUUCCUGAUGAAAAAGCUGAGCUGGAGGAAGCUCCAGGCAAAAGAUCUAGCAAGUUAGAAGACGAAGAUUCAUAUUCACUGCCAACAUCGGCGAAAGAGAACAGCCAUAAUAGCAGCUUUGAGUUAAUUGGCUCCAUGAUCCCGUCAUACCAGCCUUGUAACAAACAGAUGGCACGUGGGGGCAAUUUUCUAUCUGCAGUAGGCGGUUUCAGGUCUUCCUCUCCAGCUUUGUUCAAAACAAGCUUUAUCAGCUCUGCAUCCAAGAGUUCAGGCAAGAUGUCUGAGCCCUCUCUUCCCAUAGAGGAUUCCCAGGAUCUGUACAAUGCUUCUCCUGAGCCCAAGAGUUUAUUUCCAGGAGCUGGAGAGUCUCAGUUUCAAUUUUCUCUGGAAGAUGAUACUCAGAGCCAACUGCUGGAUGCUGAUGGGUUCUUGAAUGUUGGGCAGCAUAGGAAUAAGUACCAGUCCUCAAAGCAGCCGUUGUCACUGGCUAGCAUGGAUGAGAAUGCCAUGGAUGCUAACAUGGAUGAGUUGCUCAAUUUGUGUUCUGGGCAGUUCAGCAGUCAGGCUGAGCAUACUCCAAAUGCUAAUAGUGACAACAAACAAAACAUGGAAGAACUGCUCAAUCUCUGUUCGGGGAAAUUCAUCUCUCAGACAACAUCUCCAAUCUGGGCAUCUUCAGUAUCCUCUAAGCAAGAAAAAGAGAGUGACACAGAUGAUCCAAUGGCAGAAGCACUAGCACUUUGUUCAGGCUCCUUUCCAACUGACAGGGAAGAAGAAAAUGAGGAGGAGCAGGAGGAAGAAUUAGGCAAUUUCCAGCUCUUAACAGAUGCCCAUGCCUUUGAUAGCGAGGAGGAUGAAAAAAGUGAGGGUGACGAGAGAAUUGAGAGAAGUGAAGAUGAAGCAGAAGUUAGUGAUGAUGAAGAGGAGCUGCUGAGACAAAGAGAGGGCUUAAAGAAAAAAUUAAAACUGCAGGAUUUCUUGGAAGAUGAGGCAGAGCUGUCAGGGAGUGAAGUUGACAGUGAGGAUGAAUAUGAUGGUGAAGAGCUGGAUGAAUAUGAAGAAGAGAUUCUUGAUGAAGAACUCCCUACUGAAGUGGAACUACAGGAUCAAAUUAACAAAAUACACAUGAAGGCGAUGCUUGAUGAUGAUAAGCGUCAGUUACGCUUGUACCAAGAAAGAUACCUUGCAGAUGGAGACUUGCACAGUGAUGGUCCUGGCCGAAUGAGAAAAUUCAAAUGGAAAAACAUAGAUGAUGCUUCCCAGCUGGACUUAUUUCACAGAGACUCAGAUAAUGAUGAGAAUGAAGAACAGCUUGAAGAGACAGAGACAAAAUGGAGAAAGGAGCGAUUUGAACGAGAGCAGUGGAUCCGUGAGCAGAUAGAGAAAGGAAAACAAGAAGAGGAGGAGGAAGAAAUUGGUGAAGAUAGUCAGUUCAUGAAACUAGCAAAGAAGGUGACUGCUAAGUCCCUGAAGAAAAAAGGAAACCCUGUAGCAGCUGUGCAGGAAACAAAAUCACUGCCAAGAAAUCCCUUUGAAACAUUCAGACGUACCUGUGACCUCCAGCUAAAGAACGGAUCACUUCUGAACAGACCUAAAGCCAUCCUUGAGAAGCUUGCUGCCAUGUCAGACCUUAAUCCAAAUGCUCCCCGAAACUCAAGAAACUUUGUCUUCCACACGCUUUCGCCGGUAAAGAGUGAAGAGGCAAAAGAGAAAUCAAAACCGCAGGUGAAGAAAAGAGGUCCUACAGUGAUGGUAACACCCUCACCCAAACGGUGCAGGACUGAUGAUGCUGCAACACAAGGGAACCAGAGCCGAAGCAUAUUCCAAUACUUAGAGUGACUGACAGGUCAGAAGAAGCCAGGCAAAAGAAAACAGUUUUCCCUUGGUACGUGAAGCUAGAGAUUUGCAAAAGUAUAUACUGCGAGCGGCAACAAGACACGAUGCAAUUACUGGCCCUGGAGCGACAAACUUUCAGCUCUCUAACGAUCACAGGCUCCCCUACUGCCAGACAAGUCUUCGUAUUUCCUGCGAGACCUGUCCCAGUAUUUCAGGAAAACCAGCACAACUUAAAAAUCCAUGCUUUGGAUGGGCAGAGGCUGAGUUCAUACUUUAUGCCAAAGCAUUACUGAAAUUACACUACAAGACACAGAUCUAGUGAAGUACAGCGCCGCAAGUGUUUUGAUUCAGUGUUACUUCCUCCUGGCAAUUCUGUUAGUGGGGGCAGUCUGUAUUUAGAGUAACUGGAUCACCUCGGUGUAUGGAGAACAGAUCUAUAAAGGACAGAGGGCUGCAUUAUUGGGUGGUUGGGAGGGAGGUGUGGUGUCUCUAAUAGCAAUGAUUUGCCCGCACUGUUUACAAUUGCAGUAUUAAGGUAUCGCUAUCUUCCUUUUAUACCUACUGCUUUCUCUAAUGCUGACCAUAGACAGACUUGAUAUCCCAAGAGAUUCUUGUUUACAUUUUCGAUACUUUUUUUGAAAGCUAACCCUUUAUUUAUAAAACAGAUAACUAGAGGGGAAAGAAAAGCUACCCUUUUACAGACAAACUUCACAUACAUGUAGACAUGAUGGGAUGAUGCGAAUGUGAAAAGGUUUUUUUUACACAAAUGAAAACUUAUUUUUUUAAAUUGUCUGUUGCCUUAUUUUGGACCGAGGCACCAUCUUCCAUGAGAAUUCACUCUUUGUAGUGCGGACAGAAAUGUAAGGCCUUCUUUGAAAUGAAGAAACAAGGUUUGAUACUAAAGAAGAGUCAUUAUUCCCAACAAUCCUAAAUUCUAAGGCAGAAACAGUGUGUGAUGUACAACAUGCACUUGGCUAUACUGUGACUGUGUGAAACUAAAACGUAUUCAUUGUAAAAGUCAGGCUAAUUCUUAAACACUUCACAUGUUCCUAAGGCUUGAUUUAAGAUGCUGACUCGAUCACAGAAGAAUCCUGAUUUGUACAUUUUGUAAUUUGAUAAGCACACUUUUGUGUGUUGGGUGGUGUAAAAUAUUUUAAUGUAUAUGGUGUUCAUAAGGAACUAGGAUGCUAUUGGAGUGAAAUAUACAAUAAAUGUGUGUUUUUAAUUUU